AUGCCAUCUACCGACCUAAGCAAGAAAGGUUUCAGCCUCAAUUCUGGAUAUACAAUCCCCGCCAUAGGACUUGGAACAUGGCAAUCGAAACCAGGAGAGGUCGAGAAGGCCGUCGAGGCCGCCCUCCGCUGCGGCUACCGGCACAUCGACACCGCCACAGCCUACGGCAACGAAGCCGAAGUAGGCGCUGGAAUCCGUGCUUCGGGAGUGCCUCGCGAAGAGAUCUUCCUUACAACAAAGCUUCACAAUCAGUGGCACAUGCGAGUGUCUGAGGCGCUGGACCAAUCGCUUCAGAAACUGCGAACCAACUAUGUCGACCUAUAUCUCGUCCACUGGCCCUGCGCCACGGACCCCGGUGACUUGACCAAAGUAGUACCCGAUUGGGACUACGUCCAGACCUGGGCUGAGAUGCAGAAGCUCCUAUCUACGAAGAAAGUGAAGAGCAUCGGGGUGUCCAACUUUGGCAUCAUGCAUCUGGAACGCCUGCUCCACGAUUCAUCCUGUCAGGUGAUUCCUGCCGUAAACCAGAUUGAGCUGCACCCUAACCGGCCAUCUCCCAAGCUUGUCGCGUAUAACACGUUGAAAGGGAUCCACAGCACCGCGUAUUCCUGCCUCGGGUCCACUGGCUCCCCUCUAUAUAAGAACCAGACCCUCCUGGACCUGGCCCAAGCCAAAGGCAGAUCUGUCCAGCAGGUCCUAAUCAGAUGGGGUCUCCAAAAGGGCUGGUCAGUCAUUCCGAAGUCCGUCAAUCCAGACCGAAUCAAGGGCAACCUGGUAGUGGACGGAUGGGACCUGACUGACCGCGAGAUGGCUGCGAUUGAUGCUAUUCCGCAGCGCUUCAAGGUUUGCGACGGCAGCUUUCUACCGCCGGUGAUGCACGGUAAGAUUUUCUAUGGCGACGAUGAAUAG